AGGAUCUUUCUUAAUUUCUUUUUCCCUAUUCAAGUUGUGUGAACUUUUUUUCUACUUUAUUUUUUAUUUGAAUAUGUUGAGGAUCAUUGUGGACGGAGCCCUUCAUGCCCAUGUAACACUUCUCAGAUGCAAAAACAAUCGGCUUGGAUGAAGAGCCUUCAGAUCAGAUGCCAAUCAACUAGUACCAAAGAAAAGAAACCGAGAAGAAAUUUAUUUGACAAUGCGAGCAACCUUCUUACUAAUCUGUUAAGUGGAGGAAGUCUAGGAACGAUGCCAGUGGCUGAAGGCUCUGUAUCUGAUCUGUUUAGCCGGCCUUUUUUCUUCUCACUUUACAAUUGGUUCCUGGAGCAUGGUGCAGUUUACAAACUUGCUUUUGGACCAAAGUCAUUUGUUGUUGUAUCAGACCCCAUUGUUGCAAGACAUAUUUUACGUGAAAAUGCAUUUUCAUAUGACAAGGAGACAGAUGUUGAGAAGCUACAACAAAGAGACUACUUGAAUCUGAAGUCUUGCAGGAUGCAAGUCUUCUGCGUUUCCUAGUCGAUAUGCGGGGAGCUGAUGUUGAUGAUCGUCAGGUAAAUAUAUGCCCUGUAAUGUUCAUGUUUGUUGUGAUAUUUUGAACAAGGAGUUUUAGGUUUAGAAUGUUCCAGUGACAGACCUCCAUUUAGGCCUAUGAUUGGCACAUCUGACUUUUGAAUAGGGCCUUUCCUAAAAGUUGACUUGAUGUAUGCCUUUAGGCUUUACCCCUACCCCCCCUCUCUCUCUCUCUCUCUCUGUUAAUUCCCCCUGGUGGGGUCUGUCAAAUGAUUUGCAUAGCCUGGUUUCCAUGCCCAGUUGGUGGUUAGUGGGACUGGAGAAGCUGGAAUAUUGUUCUACAAAUGUCCUCAUCCAAGUCUUCCUCUUUAAGCAUUUCUGAAUUAUCUUAGAUUAUUAUUGAAAUUUUGAUUCAUAUUUCCACGGCUAAAGGGUGGUUCUCUCUUAUAAUCGGUUAUUUGAUGUCUCUUCAGUCCGGCUAUGAUGAAUAUGGAUCUUGGACGUGACUUCCGACUUCUGGCCUAACCCAAUCCUUAACUAAUUGGGAAACCUAAACUGGCUAGAAGACUAAAAUAGCAAAGAAGAUAGACUCAAAACAGGAC